AUGUCGAAGAUUUUCACAAAAGAGAACGUCGCGUCGCAUACAAAAAGCGAUAGUUUGUACAUCGUAAUUGAUGAGGACGUUUAUGACGUCUCCAAGUUUCAAGACGAACACCCUGUCCUUCAGCGUGUUGCCGGCAAGGAUGCCUCAAAGCAAUUCUGGAAGUAUCACAAUGAAGGUAUCCUGAAGAAAUACAAAGCCCAACUGCAGAUUGGCUCGUUGGACACGAAGAAGGCUGAGCCAGCUCCGGAACCAGCCGCGACUCCCGCCUCGACACCUGUCAAGGUCGAGAUUCAGUCCACUUCACCGGAUGUGAAGCCUGCGACUGCGGAGCCGCUUGAGCCGUAUGGCGAGCUCAUUCCCUUUGCAGACCCCGCUUGGUACCAGGGUUACGCCUCGCCAUACCAUAACGAGACCCAUGCUACCUUCCGCGAGGAGGUACGUGGAUGGGUUGAGACCGAGAUCGACCCGUAUGUUACUGAGUGGGAUGAGGGUAAGUCAGUUCCAGACCGCAUCUAUAAGCAGAUGGGAGAGCGCGGCUACUUAGCGGGUCUUUUGGGAGUAAAGUAUCCCGAGAAGUACACUCAAUACCGCGUACAAUCUGUGUUGCCGGAUCAGUGGGAUCUAUUUCAUGAGACUAUUUUGACCGAUGAGCUGUCACGCACUGGAAGUGGCGGCCUGGUAUGGAACCUAAUCGGUGGUUUUGGUAUUGGUGCUCCUCCCUUGGUGAAGUUCGGCAAGUCAGAACUCAUUGACCGCAUCCUCCCCGGUAUCCUGGCUGGUGACAAACGUAUCUGUCUGGCCAUCACUGAACCCGAUGCAGGCAGUGAUGUUGCCAGUCUGACUUGCGAGGCUAAGCUGAGCGAAGAUGGCAAGCAUUAUAUUGUCAACGGUGAAAAGAAGUGGAUUACCAACGGUGUCUGGGCCGACUACUUCACCACUGCUGUCCGCACUGGCAAGCCCGGUAUGAAUGGCAUUAGCGUUCUGCUCAUCGAGCGUGAAGCCGGUGGCGUCAGUACCCGCCGCAUGGACUGUCAGGGUGUCUGGAGCAGUGGAACUACCUACGUGACCUUUGAGGAUGUCAAGGUCCCCGUUGAGAAUAUUAUCGGCAAAGAGAACAAAGGAUUUAAGGUCAUCAUGACCAACUUCAAUCAUGAACGCAUGGGAAUCGUCAUUCAGUGCGUCCGCUUUGCGCGUGUCUGCUACGAGGAAUCCGUCAAGUACGCACACAAGCGCAAGACCUUUGGUAAGCGCCUGAUCGACCACCCGGUCAUUCGCAUGAAGCUCGCGCAUAUGGCUCGCCAGAUUGAAUCCACGCACAAUUGGAUGGAAAACAUUAUCUUUCAGUCUCAGUCAAUGGACGAGACAGAGGCUAUGCUCAAACUGGGCGGUGCCAUCGCUGGUCUAAAGGCCCAGUCCACUACUACCUUUGAAUACUGUGCCCGGGAGGCUAGUCAGAUCUUCGGUGGUCUAAGCUACAGUCGUGGUGGACAGGGUGCUAAAGUUGAGCGCCUGUAUCGUGAUGUGCGCGCCUAUGCUAUCCCUGGUGGAAGCGAAGAGAUCAUGCUUGAUCUGAGUAUGCGCCAGAGCUUGAAGGUUCACGAGAUGUUUGGUCUCAAACUUUGA